UUCGCUGGCUUUAUGAGGUAAAUCAUUCAUCAUUGGGACGUUGCAUCAGUAGGAUAUGGAGUUAUCAGACUUUUUUCAAUAUAUCAAUCUCCUGAGGGAGAGUAUUUCACUAAAAAUCUGUAUUCUGGGAUCGAUGAUUGCAGUGGUGAUCGUUGUGAUACUGUUAUUCAGAAAUUUCGUUAUGGGUGGACAAUUCCGGAAAGACUACAUAACAAUGGAUGAAAAAGUGGUUGUAAUUACUGGAGCUAAUUCAGGAAUUGGGAAGGAAACCGCCCUGGAUCUGGCCAGAAGGAAUGCCAAGAUUUAUCUGGCAUGUCGUGACUACGAUCGCUGUGAAUUAGCUCGUAAGGAAAUCAUCCAAGCCACAGGGAAUACAAAAAUCUACAAUAGACACCUUGAUCUCAAUACUCUGGAUUCAGUCCGGGAAUUUGUUGAAGAAUUUUCCACAGACGAGAAGCAUCUGGACGUACUGAUCAACAAUGCUGGUGUUCUCUAUAUUCCGCACUCGAUUACUAAAGACGGUUGUGAAACUACCCUCCAGGUUAAUCACAUCAGUCACUUCCUCUUGUCUCAUCUUCUUCUUGGACAUCUCAAGAGAGCUCCUCAAGGAAGAAUAAUUAACAUAUCUAGUAUUGCUUACAUAUUAUCAAGAAUUGAUAAGGAUGAUCUACAUCUAAACAAAUCAUUCGGAAUGAUGAGGGCCUAUGCAAAUUCUAAGCUAGCUCAGAUUCUCACAACCCAGAGGCUUGCCCAGGAAUUAAAAGGAACAAAUGUUACUGUCAACGUAGUCCAUCCAGGUAUUAUUUCUACAGACAUCUGGCGAAAUGUACCAUUUAUUCCAUGGCCUUUCAGCUGGAUUAUAAGUUUUGCAAUCAAUUUAUUAAUUUACAAAUCCGUAACUUCUGGAGCCCAAACACAAAUCCGCUGUGCUGUUGAUCCCAAAUUAGCAACAGUUUCUGGGAAAUUCUUUUCCGCUUGUAAGGAAGUCCAUCCGAUAUUCAUAUUCCCACAGGCGAAGAAUAAAAAUACUAGAGAAUUUAUCUGGAGGGAGAGUCUUCGACUGGCUAAAAUUCCAAUUGACUUCUCUUACAAAUAGACAAUUUAAUUAAACCUAAAGAAAUA